AUGUCCAGCCGAAUACUUCCAGUUCACUUACUUGAUGAAGAAAAUCCAGUUGAAGAGGUAGUUCAAAUUGUUGUACCUGACGAAGGAACAGUAGAGUGGAUUCAGUACUGGCAUGAAUUUGAAGGUCAUCUUCCCACCCCCAUAGACGUAUCCAUUACAGGAUCUAUGCUCUACAGAUGUCCUGAACUAAAGUGGUACAAUUUUGAUGUGUACCCCCACAAAGUGAAGCUUACUAAUACUGGAUACACUUUGGUAAUAUCACCUAAAUGGAAGACUGAACGUCCAUAUUUGGAAGGUGGGCCAUUUCUGGAGAAACAUGUGCUGUCACAAAUACAUUUCCAUUGGGGUGCUGACAUGAUGGAGGGCAGCGACCACACAGUCGACCAGAGGAGGUACCCUGGUGAGAUGCAAGUAACCUUCUUUCGUUCAGAAUACUUGACCCAAGAGGAAGCUCUACGUCAUCCGGAUGGCGUGACCAUGAUUUGCUACUUGAUAAAGUACGAUGUCAACCCUGAUGCGAGAUUGAGCUGGGUAAUCGAAGGAUUCCAAAGAAUACAAGAGGCGCAAAAGUUCACCCGCAUAGGCCCACUUCCGAUGUCGCGGCUCCUGCCGAUGUUCUAUGAAGAUUAUUUCCUAUACUGGGGUAGUCUGGAAACAGUCAAAGGGGACUCGUACGUGAUCAAAUGGCUGGUACCGAGGGCAACUUUAUUUGCUUCAUUUGAGCAGAUGAGUGAGUUCCGGAAACUGUGGGAUCCUUGGGAUGAACCAAACUUGAGAAACUAUAGACCAUUACAGGAACGACAGAACCGACAUAUAUUCUUUAUAAACGCCCACUGGAAUCAAUACAAUUCAUUGUUACCUAUACCAAGAGUUCCAGAGCCGUCUAUAUCGAUAUUGUCCCCUGCUUAUCGAAAGAAUUCUUGGAUGCUACCAAUACAGAAUCGCAAUAAUGACAAUGUGGAUUCUGAAAAUGCAAAAGUUAGUGCUACUCACUUUGUACCCACAAAAAUUUGA